UGCCCAUACUUAUAUAACACUGUUAAUACCAACAAUAACAGUGAAAAAAAAGAUUAAACUUUAUUACACUGGAGAAGGUGACCUUGAAGUAACAGCAGUAAUAAAGGAAAUAAAAACGAGUGGGGCAAAUAUCUAUAAUAAUCAACUUACCAAA